AUGUCCAAGCAGAAGAGCAUCUUCAAUGACAAGACCAACCAAAUUCAGGAGCUGACCUACACGGUGAAGCAGAGCAUCCAGUUGCUGAACCAGAAGAUAGAAGCGCUGGAGAUGAGGACCAAGGGCUCAGGGCCCAACAAAAGCUACCAAGCCCACUCCUCUGCCCUCGUGGACGCGCUGAAAACUAGGCUGCUGCAAGUUACCAAGGAGUUCAAAGAUGCUUUGGAGGAUCGCACCAAGGCGCUGGAGCAACAGGACAAGAGGAGACAGAUGUACUCAGCUGGGGCAGGCUUUGAUGCUGGCCGCCAGAGGCCAUCCCCUAGCGGCAAUCCGGAAGACCUGGAGGGUGGGGGCGGCGCUCGCGCAAUGUCCAUGCAGCAAGGCUAUCACAACUCGAGGGCAGAGGCAGUGCAGAGCGUUCAGAAGACCAUCGGUGAGUUAGCCCAGAUGUUCCAGAAGAUGGCGGUGAUGGUGACCGCGCAGGAGGAAAUGAUACAGCGCAUUGACAGUGACCUGGACGACACGCUGGACAACACAAAGAAAGCUCAGGACAACCUGCUUGAGUACUUCCAUUACAUUUCCUCCAAUCGUGCCUUGGCUGGUGCUCUCAUCAUCAAGGUCUUCUUGAUUCUGAUCUUUUUCGUGAUAUUCUUCGUUGUCUUUUUACUUGUGUUCUUGAACAUGACGACCAAGCUUGAAGUUGCUCGUUUUGGUGUUCCCCAGUACAAUGGUGAGCCAGAGCUGUAUGAGGAGUAUGCAGAGAGGGCCUGGGAUCUUUGGUACGGCCGUAAGGGCACAGAGACCACCCAGGUUUCGACUCCCAUUCACCUCAGGUUUGGCUUGACAGGUCCGGCUUACGAUGCUGUCAGGAAGCUGAACCACUCGGACUUGAUCUCUAAGGACUCCGAAGGUAAGCCGUCUACAAAGGGCAUCCAGCUUCUCGUGAAGACGCUUCGUGAGAGCAUCGACCACGAGAAGCCGGUGAAGACGAACGAGCUGUUCCUUACCGCCUUCUACUCCCCCACGGUCUGGCGCUUUCAGUCCGAGUCUAUGCCGGCCUACAUCGUGCGCCGCGAGCAGGAGUUCCGUCGCCUCGAGGAGGUGCUUGGUGGAGCGGAGCAGCUCAACGUCCUGUCCUCCGUCGGCAACGACUACGACCUGAAGAAGGUGCCUAAGCCGUUCUCCUCGAAGGGUGGCAAGGGAAAGAACCGUGGCUAUGUGCUCGUUGCCGAGAAUGGCCAGGACGAAGCCGAGGGCGACGAGAUCUUUUACGACGAUGACGAGGACGACCCCGAGGACGAGGCUUACGAGGUCGAUGACGAUGGCGAUGCCGACGAUGCUGUUGAAGCAUUGGCUCAGGACAUGGACUUGGCAGAUGACCCCGAGCUCGUCGAUGCCUUCGCUACGAUCCUUCAGCGCAAGAAAGGACAGAAGCCCCAUGGCAAGGGUUCAGGGUCAAAGGGCCAGUCUCAGAGCUUUCCCUUCCAGGCAAAGGGCGAGGUGACGGUCGACCAAAGGACACGUGCCAUCAGGUUCCUGAAGUCGGUCACUCCGUGUACUUCGUACGGCCUGAAGGGGCACUGGGCAGGCAACGCCGAGUAUCAGAAUUCCAGGAAAGGCAGCAAAGGUUCGGCCGCGACCAAGAAGAAGCCCCUUGCGAAGAAGAAGUCCGCUCACUACUCUUUCUUUGUCGUGGGCGAGUUGCCGGCAGGCGACUCCGAGAAGACGACGGCCGAGAACGACGUGCUUGUCGCGGAGAACGGUGUCUCCUUUGAGCCCGGCUAUGGUGCGUUCACGAACCGCUUCGAGAUGGAGGGCGAGGAUGCCGAGUCGUACAUGGUGUUGCGCGCGGAGGAGCUCUGCGAGCAUGCCUCCUACAACGGGGGCGGCGAACGGAAAAGCGAGUGCAACCGCUCCGUCAUCCAGGCCCAACGCCGUGAGCCGAGUCAGCUUUGGAAGUUCCUGGUUUUGGUGGCCAUGUGUACCAAGGGCCAGGCGUUGGAGGACCGAGAGCGUGAACGACAAGUGCGACCUCCCAACUUGGGACCUGCUUGCGCCUCCUGCGUCGCCUGGGUCUCCUUGAUCGAGAUUCCCGCCAACAAUGCUGCACCUUCGGCGGCACCUUCGGCGGCACCUUCGACGGCACCUUCCACCGCUCCAUCCUCGACAGUCCCAGUGGCCAGGAUCAUGCGGAACGAGCCGACGGAGGACGUCGACAUCAUGAUUCCAUUGCCGGGUGACGCCAACCUUCUGAGAAGCGUCCUCUCCUUCGUCCUGCGCAACAAUCCUAUGCGUCCCGAGAUUUACACGUUCGCCUUCGACUUGUACGGCGGGCUGCAGUUGAUAAAGUCUUCCGUGUGCCGCGUGCAAGGACAAGGGCCAGAUGCAAACAAGAGAGUGCACCGCCCCACCGACAUGGUGACGACACGUCAGGUCCGAGUUCCGGUCGUGACGGGACCUUCUCGCCCUGACCUUGUUGUGGAGCACGACUGCGACGUCAUGAUGGUCGACCAGGCCGAGGGCGACGUUCUUGAGGAUGACGCCACCGUUGCCGAUGACAUCGCUAUCGGGUCGGAUCCUCCUGCGCUAACCAUCCUCGACUCUGGGUGCACAAAGACGAUGCGUGGGACAGCCUGGGCCGAGCGCUUCGAGGCAGAGCUGAGCAGGCUUGGUCUGAAGUUCCAGAGCCAGAAGAGGAAGCAGUUGUUCAAGGGUGUUGGUGGCCAGAUUCAGAGCAACUUGGUCAAGAUAUACCCCAUUGGCCUGGCCAAGGUGCAUGGAGAAAUGUGUUCAUCUGAAGCCCCCGGCCCUCUUCCGCUUCUGCUUUCCCGACCUUUCAUGGAGGAGCUCGGCGCCGUCAUUGACAUUAACCAGGGCACUGUUCACUUCACUGCCAUUGGGGUCCGCGACCUGCCGCUUCUAAACACUUCCAAGAGCCACUUGGCAGUGAACUUGCUCGACUUCGACACUAGCAGCCCCGUGGGUCAUCGUGGUUAUCCGAACCUGAGCUCUCCGGUGUCCGUGCGCUCAUCGAGUCCGGCGACCGCAUCGUCGUCAACGUUUCCGGGUGCAUGCUUGGCUGCCUGGACGCAGAAACAGG